AUGACUAUAAAAUUUAAGCUUUCAUAUCAUUUACUGCAACUCUACUGUUUAUCUUGUAUUUCCUGUGCCUUCCAUCUUCUGAUGCUUCUCAUUUGUUAUGUGUGUUGGGUUUUACAAGUUUUUGUCCAAUUACUUCAACCAUACAAUAUUACAUUUAUUUUUAAAAAGUUCGUCAUUACUCAAGUUCUUGUCAGUAUAACGACUAAGACAUGUGACUGA